AAAAAAAAAAGAGAGUGUGAAAUCGAAAAUUCGAAACGGUACAAUGGGAGAUUCCAAGAGGCAGAAGACGGAGACGAAGAUGGAGAUGGAGAAAGUUGAGAAGAUAGAGAAGGAAGAAUCAAGACCAGUCGAUUUCGCAGAACUACGUGACGAUCUCUUCCGCGAAGCAGCAAAACUUGUCUCCGAAUUCGAUCCCUCCACCAAAAUCGCCAUCUUCGUUACUCCUCCUCCUUCUUCCUCCGAAUCGGACGUCUCUAUGUAUUCCUUCGGCUUUCCCUCUGUCAGUGGCGUAGUUAACACUUUCCUCCAGGAUAAUUGUCCUGAGGAGGAGGAAGAAGAAGACGAGGAUGAUGAAGAUGAUGCGGAGGUUGAGGAUUGCAGCGCAGCGCCCCAAAGGUUUUGGUGGGAAGAUGGUAAGCAAUUCGAAUCGAUGAAUCCGGAACAAUUGGACGCUGCGUAUCAGAGGUUGGCGAGGCUGAGGGACCGUAUGAUUCUUGAACUUGAAUUGAGAGCUCAAGGUUCUGGAAAUCACAAGGAUCUUCACAACGACAAAGCUGCUGAUCCCAAACCCUAAGGCUCGUGCAUUUUCAUGUUCCAUCACUUACUUACAUCGAUUUGAGUUCUAUUUCUACGUUAUUAUAGCGAUUUUAUUAAGAGUUUCGAGUCCAGGAUAGGUUGAUUUGAUCAUCUUGUGGCUUGCUUAUCCCUUGGUAGCUAAACUGUGAUUCUACUUUUAACAGCAAUGAAAAUCUUUAUUACUUCCAA